CAGAAAAUUAGAUAAAUUUUCUCUGACCUUCAGCAGAAUCAUACCCAGUUAUGGUGAAAUCGGCCGACAAUGGGUCUGUGUCAGUUGCGCCUUUUCUGAAGAAAUGCUAUGACAUGGUCGACGAUGACUCCACGGAUUCCAUAAUUUCAUGGGGUCAGAACAUUGAUAGUUUUGUUGUUUGGGACCCGACUCAGUUCUGCGUUUAGUUGAUGCCUAAGUACUUCAAGCACAGCAAUUAAAAUAAACUAUUUUAUUAAAA